AUGGACAGCCACGAUCUUUCGCCGCCCCACGUGGACGCAUCUCGACCGUCUCUUGGCUUCCCCUUGGGCACUGCCCUUCUCUUGAUCCUCAUCUUCACCCUCAGCGGCGUCCUCUCUUGCUGCUACCACUGGGAUAGGCUCCGUUCCCUUCGUCGAUCUUUCUCUCGUUCCGAUCCCCAAAUGCAUUCCGAUUCCACCAAAUCUAAACACUCCAUGGAAUUCCGGCCAAACAGAGGGCAAAGCGUGCCGGUGUUGAUGCCAGGGGAUGAUGUGCCUAAAUUCUUAGCCAUGCCGUGUCCGUGCCAGCCUUCGAGGCCAGAAAACAUCGUUGUCACCGUCGAAUUGGAGAAGCCGCUGCCCAAACCACCGCAACUACCGGUCCCUUUCUAUUUGUAA